AUGGCCUCUGAGCAAAGAGUUGUGAUGCCUCUGGGUCUUUUUCAAGAGGUUGGAAUUCAACAGGAAGUGAAAGCAGAGCAGGCAGAGUCCAUCCUGUUUGAAUCGGGGAGCCGGAAAGACCCGCCCAUCUUGCUCACUGGCAACAGGGAGGAAUUCUGGGAAAGAACUGGAGUUGGCUGUCCAAACGGACUGCAGCAGCCUUGGGAAGCCCAGCUGCAGGCUUUCUUGAGAGCGAUGGAGUCUUCCCAACCUCGGGCAAGUGGGAAGAGGAACCAUUCAAGGUUCAGCGCGGAUGUCCAGCUGAUGGCCAACAGUCUCCUGGCAAAAGACCAAGGGGAGGAGGGUGGGAAGGUGAAGGAAAAGAUCCAGCCCAUCGAAGAAGCAUUGGGCACCGAUCUGGAGCGCCAACGUUUCCGGCAGUUUGGCUAUCAGGAGGCUGAAGGCCCCCGAGAGGUUUGCCACCAGCUCUGGGAACUUUGCCAUCGGUGGCUGAAGCUGGAGAGACACACCAAGGAGCAGAUCCUGGAGCUGGUGGUUCUGGAGCAGUUCCUGGCCAUCCUUCCCGCAGAAAUGCAGAGCUGGGUGAGGCAAGGGAAACCGGAGAGCUGCCCCCAUGCUGUGGUCCUGGCAGAGGGUUUCCUGCUGAGGCAGCAACAGGGAGCAAAGCAGGUGGGGCAGGUGGGUUUCCGCAAAGGUUGGACUGGAUCCCCUGAACUGAGAACCCUCCUUUCCAGUGAACGGCAGAAGAAGCCUCCCUUCAUGGAGAUCAAACAAGAGACGGACAAGGAAUCACACUUGCUGUUAGGAGACGCGGAAGAGGACAGCGAGUUGGGAAAGAAGAAUAACUCGGAAACUUCCAGAAGAGCUGAGCCAAACUAUCUGAAGCAAGAUGGUGCCGCUGUAAGCCCGACAGAAACUUAUCUUGAAAAAGAUCUGGACCAGUUCAUCAAUUCCCAGGGACGGUAUGUUGAGUUGGAUAGUGGCACAUCUCAGCUUACAACCCUUGCAGGCCGAAGCCAGAACCCUCUGAGUGAGUGUGAGAAACCCUGUCCGUGCUGCAACAAGGACUUACAACUCAAGUGCAACUUCCGAGCGCAGGAGAGAACCCACACGGGCGAAAAGCCGUACAAGUGCUCCGUGUGCGGCAAGGGCUUCAGCACGAGGGCGUAUCUGGUCACCCACGCGAGGAUCCAUACAGGCGAGAAGCCCUACCGGUGCUCCGACUGCGGGAAGGGUUUCUGCGACAACUCCAACCUCAUCGUCCACAAAAGGACUCACACAGGCGAGCGACCGUACCAGUGCACCGAUUGUGGAAAGAGCUUCCGGGAACGCCCGGUCCUUAUUCGGCACCAGCGGAUCCACACGGGAGAGAAGCCCUACAAAUGCCGAGACUGCGGGAAAGGGUUCAGCCAGAGCUCGGGUCUUUUGGUGCACGAACGCACUCACACCCGAGAGAAGCCGUACACCUGCACCGAUUGUGGGAAGGGCUUUGGGGGCAACUCAAAUCUGAGGGUGCACAUGAGGAUCCACACGGGGGAGAAGCCGUACCUGUGUUCCGAUUGUGGGAAAACGUUUGGAGACCGAUCGCUUCUCUCAAACACUAGACGUACCCACUCCGGCGACCGGUGGUACAACUGCUCGGAGUGCGGGAAGAGCUUCGUCAGCCGGGCCGCCUUCCUCAUCCACCAGCGGGUCCACACGGGGGAGAAGCCGUACAAGUGCUCUUACUGCGGGAAGGGCUUCAACACGGGCUCCAGCCUCACCCGCCACAAGCGCAUUCACACGGGCGAGAAACCCUACAAGUGCCUGGAUUGCGGGAAGAGGUUCAACGACUACUCCAACUUCAUCGUCCACAAGCGCAUUCACACGGGCGAGAAGCCCUACGAGUGCUCGGUUUGCGGGAAGAGGUUCAGCGAUAACUCGAACUUUAUCAAGCACCACCAUUGA